CUUUUAUCUUAGACCCCCACGUCAUCUCAGACAACCUCAUACUGCACGGCUGUAAGAUUAUCUCUGACCUACAAAAAAGGCAGAGGGAAGUCAAGCCUGCUUAUGAAACACAGAAACUUACAAUCGCAGGAAAAAACAGGUUGAAGUAUCUUAUCUGUUAUCUGUACAUUAAUGCUAUGCAAACACUGCACAUAAUUACAUUAUCAACAUUGUCUAUAUGUAUUAUGUUAAGAGCAAUGUUGUAAAUCACCAUUUAAGAUAUUUAGAGACCUUUGUCUGAUAAUCCUGUAAAGUAAUGAUAAGUAUGAUGUGCUCUGAGAAGUCUAUGUUAUGUAACCUUUAACCCACAUUACAUACAAAUAGCUUUCAAAAUAAAGGAAAGGUUGAGUGUAUAAGGGAUACAAAGAAUUUAGGAGGAGUACAUCAACACAGCUAAGCAAUUCACAUCUAAGCAUCAUGCUGAAGGUGGUGUAUAAACAGGUAUACGCGUAGCUUAUGCUGAUAUUAACAUGCAACUGGCCUGGAAAGGCCUAGUGUCCCAUUCAUUUUGCAACUAUGAUAUUAUCUAAAGAGAUCAAAGUAACUUUGAAAGAGCAGUGAGUGUAGGGGUACAACUGGCAGAAUCGUCAGUGAUGAACAUUGCUGAGGUUGCUAAUGUCUCAUGAGGUAAGAUGUCAAAGGAGUUCUUGGGCUACAAAACUGAGGAAAAGAUGUAGACAACGAAGUGUGUCAAAAGUGCAUAUUCUUUGAUUGUGUUAUUUGUACAUUGUUUUGAGAUGCAAGGAACAUCUCUCAAUCAGUCAAUAGCAAACAACAACCCAGGGCACGAGGUGAACGCUCAACUGAGAAAGGCACAGAGAAGGAUCCUGGGUGUGAGUUGGAAUGCAUAAAACCCUAAAAUGCAUAAAAACACAAAUGCUCCCUUGUGAGUGAAGUAGUGCACCAUUCAGGCAGUGGCCUAUGUUGCAGUGGAUAAAGUCAUAUGGCAGAACAGUCAUCUUUUACCCUGUUGUUACCAAGUGUGUGUGGGGCAUGUGGAAAAAGAAAAUUACACGCUCAGUUGUUUAUUUUCCACAGAAAAGAAUUCCAGUAUCUCUGUCAUUUUCCUGCCAUAGUCUUCAAUCCUUGCAGGGCAAGGUAAAUAAAACUAAAUAAAUAAACCCCCUUAAGUGUGAUCACCUAGUUCCAGUGGUGAAGCAUUACGGUCCUGUUGAGUGUUGGGUAAAAACAUAUCCAGAGUGUAAACCAUAUGCCAUGGAUGUUUCAUUCACCAGAUUUCAGCUUGUAUGAUCUCGAACGGGCAGUAUGGAAAUGUAUCCUCAGACAAUAUUUUGUACCAUCAUCAAACAAAAAGCGCCAAACGAUAGAAUUUUUCUUGAAAGCAUGGUAUUGAUUCCAUCCAACACACUUUUGGGCACUUGAAGAAUCUGUAAAGUUAUUUGCAGUAUAUAUUGCAGUUUGUGAAGGCCCAAUACCUUAUCAAGGUAUUAAGAUUAAGAUUAAGAUUAGAUUAAGAUACUUUGUGUUGAUGUUCCUUUUACUUUGGCAGUUACCCAUGUGUGUUUCAAAUCAGCAUGAAUAUCAAAAGAAAUCUGAAUCUAAAAACUGGAAGUGUGCUGUUGGAGCCAGUUUGUUUACUGUGGACUACUGAUGACAAAAUUCUUCAGUUGGCCUCUGGAAUGUCAUAUAUUUUUGUUUAUUUACCAAUACAGUUUGCAGUCUUUGGAAAAUAAUGUUGUAACAUGUAUUGAAAACUGUUACUGUUACUUUGUGUGCCAGUUAUUAAUUUACUAGGUAUAUGUAGAUUCAGUUUUGAUUAGUUCUGUAAGAACACCAGGUCACAAAAAUCUGUGUCACAGUAUUACACAAUGUUUAUCUUGAGGGUGGCCUGUUUGUUUAUACUCUGCCGAUGUUCUUUUCCUCUUUGUAUAAAAGGAUUUUUUUGUUGUUGAAAUAUGCAUAUAACUUUAUUUGCAUUGCUAUUAUAGUAUGAUCAUUUACUUGCCACUCACAUAUUCUGGCUUUUUAUUGCAGGACUAGAUCUAUACUUUGGACUGAGAGCAGAGUUUAUGAGUAUUGUAGGUGUAAGGUGUUUCUCUGUGUUGACGAUAAUGGUAUUACCUGUGCUCAUUUCUCAGUCAGUCAUUAACCCAGCCAAUUAUGACCUGAUAAGUUUUUCAAGACUUUACAGCUAUUUAGAUAGUCACCGACAGACAUGUACUGCCUGGUCAAAUUUCACACUAACAGACACUGAACAGACUUUGAUUCUUUUCGAUCUUCCAAACUCAGCCUGCCAAAUAAAAUUAGUGUUUGAAAAAGCUUAUGACGCAGCAUUUACUUCACUAGCAAAACUAAAAAGUAAUAGUACUUACAAUACUGCCUUAAACAAUGUAUGUUCUUUUCACAAGAUCAUCUCUUAAAAGAUGAUUAAGCUACAGUACAGAAAAUAUACCUUUGAAUGAGGUACAACUGUUGCUUGAAAUGAAAUGGUCACUGCAGAGUGUCAAAGACAAAUGGCGUUAAAUCUUUGACUAGUAUUAUUGAUGAUAAUGUCUCAAGUUUAUCACUCAUUGAAGUGGCUUAUCGUUUUCUGCAGGCAGCGUGAUUAAACUUGAAUAGCAUCCUGUCAAGCCUAUAGAUUACUCCUUGUGUAUUUGCACAGGGGUCAGACGACCCUAUUAUUGUUUGUGUGCCACAGACUGUUGGUGAGGAAUAAUACUUCCAAGGCAACAGGACAAAGCCUGGCAGUCAGGCGGCCAGCCCAUUGUUGGGGAGUUAGCAGGACAUUUGGUGAGAUUAGAGUGUCGUUUGGGGCACUGACGUCACUACCUUUUAAAUAUGGAUGAACACCAGGUUGCCACAGUUAGUUGGUGGGCAGCGGGUUAAAAUGAGCAAACACAGUCAUUCAACGCUGCUACUGGUAGUGACUCUGCAUGUUUUAUCAGUUUGUGCUCAAGAUGAUUCUGAGGGUCUGUUGUGCCCUGAGAACCAGGAGGCCUUUGAUGGGUCUUGCUAUGAAUUUGUGACUCUGCAGCACACUUUCCUUAGUGCUCAGGCCUGGUGUGAGCGGGGUGGUGGACACUUGGCCUUUAUUCUGAAUGAUGAGAUGCAACAGUUCCUCCAACGACACUUACAGCCAAAACAGAACUGGUGGCUGGGACUGGCACCUAUUUCUGUUAACCUCACACUGGACUCCACUGCUACUGAAGGUCCCCUAUCCUGGCUGGAUGGAUCCGAUGUCAGCUAUUCCAACUGGGUCACUGAGCCAGCGAUGGGUGCUGGCUGUGGUUAUAUCUUGAGCAAUUCUGGAUAUCAGUGGGAGGCAACAGCCAACUGCAGCCAAGAGCUGUACUUCAUCUGUGAAUUUGAGUCUGGGCAAUCUCUGGCUUGUGUGGACCACAACGCUACACUACAGUGUGGCUCUGGGCAGGUGAUAGAGAUUGAUGACAGCUUCUACGGCAGGAAGACAGUACACUACUGCAGGGCCAGCACCUCAGCUGCCGUUUCAUCCUCACAGGAGGAGUGCAGCUGGGUGGAUGUGGUAGAAAUAGUGACAGAACACUGCCAUGGGCUGCAGGUUUGUCAGGCAUCUGCAGAUGUGGCAUCUUUUGGAGAACCCUGCCCGGGCCUGGGAAGUUACCUGUCUGUGGAGUAUCACUGCAAAGAUGGACUGCACUUAAUCAUGAGCAAGCUUGCUGCUGUCUUUGACAAUGUAACCAUUACAAUCAAGUGGCUACUGCACCCUUUUCAAGGUAACCUCUCGUGCACUUUGAGUGCUGGAGAUGGGCACACGAUUGACCCCUACAUUCCUCAAGAGUUGGAAAGUAGUGUCAUACAUAAGUACAACCAUGCAGGAGUCUACACAGUUGGGGUUGAAUGUACCACCAGCGAAUGGCACGUGACGGCCCAGAAAAUGAUCACCAUCCAAGAAGAGUUGGGUGAAUUUGGUGUUGUUAGAUGCUACAGCAUGAACCAGUCAAUGAGCAGUGAUAACUGUAUGGCCCUCUAUGGUAGCCUGAUGACAGUCCAGGUUGAACUGGAUGGAGGAACCAAUAUCACCUACAAAAUCCAGCAUGGUGAGACAGUUUUGGCCACCUCAUCUGCUAUCAGAGGAAUAAUUCCUCAUAACAUCACCUUGAAUCCUGAUGUCCAGCAGAAGCUGGGCAUUGGCUGCCACCAACUGAAUGUGGUAGCCUCAAAUGGGGUGACAGCUGAGGAUGUUUCUUUAGCACUGAAAUUGUGCUUGGUAGAGCCAGUGGAAGGCUUGACAGGUUCAGUUAUGUCAGAGCACAUUCAGUGCCCGGUCUCAGAGCUGUAUGUUAACGUCUCAAUGGAUCGUGGCGCUCCUGCACAGCUGCUCUUCCAAGUGUUGGGGGGCAACCAAAGCUUCUCUGAAAUGAGAGAGAUACAAAAUGGCAGCAUGCAACUUUUUACCAUUCCAAACAGAAUCAGAGGAAUGUUACAGGUCAAGGUCAGGGCAUGGAAUGCUUUUUCAGCUAUGGAUGUAGAUGCAGGAAACACAAGAGUGAGAUGCUACAGGAAUUCAACAGGAGAGCAUCUCAGAGUCCAAAGAAAUGAUAACCUGGAAAUCAGAGCAAAUCCACAGAAUCCAGCCAUUGGCACUAACGAGGUUACUUUAGAACUUAAUGGACUUCAGGGGAAUCCAAAUCUGUUUACAUUCUCCUGGAGCUGCAGUGAGAACUGUCACUGUCCGGUCAGCACAACACAGGAGAGUCACGUGAUUUCUGCAGACUGUCUUCCACAGCCCUUCAGGUUUUCAUUGUACUCUGUGACUGCCACAAGACGAGUUGGGAAUAGAGAGACACAAACAGCAACCAAAUGUAUCACUGUUACUCCAGGAGCAGAUAUAAAUGUCAGAAUAAGAUGUGCCAACUGUGAUCCAGUGAAUGUCAACAGCGGUGUUAAUCUACAACUGGACUGUGAAGGUUGUCAGAAAAUAUUUUGGUUCUUUGAGGACACUUCUGCGGUUUCUGGUCCCCUAAGCACCUGCUAUGCUGACAGCAACAUAAAGCAAUUAAUAAGUAAAGGCCAAGAUGUUAGCUCGCUCACAGUGCCAAGCAACACUCUGACUGCUGCACAGCAAAAUAUCAAGGUGGUGGCUUAUGGCACACAGGGUGACAGAUCAGGCUAUGACACAUUCACAAUUCCACUGUUUACUGAAUCCACAUCUGUAUCACCAACAUCAUUGUCCCCGACAGUACCAUCACUCAGGCCUUCCACUGCAUCCGCAUCACAGACAAGUCCCUACCAAUCUCCAACCCCUGUAAGACAACUUUCCUGUGACAUUUCCCCAUCUGUGGGAGAUGUCCUCUCCCCUUUUACCAUUACCUGCACACCAGUUUCAUUCUUCUGUACAGCUGGGCCAUGCACAUACAGCUUCAGUACUGCCAAUGGUAAUUACUUGUCCAGUGGUAAUGAACCAGUGGGGAGUUUACUCUUCCUCCCUAAAGGAGACAUAAACAACAAUAAAAUUCUCAUUCUGGUUGCUACCGUUGAGAAUACAGCAGGAGAAACCAUUAACACGACUUUAUCUGUGCAGGUUGGAGACAGUAGCCUGGGAUCCACCGUGCAGGAUCUGCAGAACAUUGUGUCAAAUCAGGUAUUACAGCUGCAGCAGAGUGGGCAGCUUACUGGGGCAUCAUUGGCACAAAUAUACCAGUCUGUCUCUGACAGGCUGAAUGGGAACUCCACUGAUGAGCAAGAAAAAAAUGCAAGAGAACAGCUCCGGGAGGAGAUGUUGUCAAAUAUGGGUGAAGUCAUAAAUGGUGCCCCCCUCAGGAAUCCCAUGGAGGUGCAAGUGGCUGCUGGAACUUUAUUGAGCCUCACUGAACAGGGUGAUGAGUUAACAACAGCUGCUCAGGUGCAGGCCAGUUCUCUACUAGCAAACCUUAGCGAGUCUCUUGCACUGAUGACUUCUGAGGAGGUGGACACCGAGCAGAUGUUGGAAGUGACAACACCUAUUGUUGAAGCUGCUGGAAACAUCCUCAAGGUGUCUGGAAAAACAGACAAACAGAACGAGAUCUCUGCAUUUUUACUCGACUCGAUGGAGAAUGUACAGAAUGCCCUGUUGGCUGGUAAAAAGCCAAACCAGGAACCUGCUGUCCUCAACACCCCUGAGAUCAGUGUGUAUGUCAAUAGAAUGUCACCAGAUAACCUUCACAAGCAGUCCUUCAAUAUCCAGAACAGCAGUGCUGCAAGCUUCACCCUCCCCGCGUUGGGUGCUGAAAUCAUGUCUAUGAGAGAGCCAGUAGAUGUCCGGAUGAUGAGUUUUGGAAUAAACCCUUUUUCCUGGAGUGAAGGGGAGCCCAUCAGUGGUGCAGUUGGGGGUCUCUCCCUCACCACAGAAAAUGGCUCCCUCAUCCCAGUAACAAACCUUCCUGAGGAGAUUGAGAUUCUCUUACCACGGGUAGAGACUGUAGAGGUGAACAGUACACUUCUGGACCUGGGAAACUUCAGCACAUUGAUGAUCAACGUGACUACACCAAACACGUCUCUGGUGCUGAAGCUAGAGCCCACAGAAGAGACAGCCUUACAUCUGUCGCUGGGUUUUCAGAACUACCCCAAUGAGACAUAUUACGAAGCCCAGACUCAAAUGCCUCAAGAGGGCAGCUCACUAGAGGAGCGAUACACAUGGGUGCUGGGUCCAGGUGAUAUGACAGUAGAAGUAGGAGUGUACUACCUCCUUGUAAGACCUGUUGUUGAAGCAGGGGUGAACUCCACUAACACCUCUGUUUUCAUCACAUCCAUUGCUGCUCAGUGCAAGUACUGGGAUGAGAGCAAGACCAACUGGAGUGACUAUGGCUGUCGGGUUGGUCCUCUCACCACCACACUGGUUACACAGUGUUUAUGUAACCACUUGACCUUUUUUGGAAGCUCCUUUUUUGUCAUGCCCAAUCUAGUGGAUGUGUCUCGCACCGCUGAGCUCUUUGCCACCUUUGUCAACAACCCAGUGGUGGUGUGUUUUGUAGGUGCCAUCUUUCUUGUCUAUGUUGUAGUGGUCAUAUGGGCACGCAGGAAAGAUAUUCAGGAUGCAUCCAAGGUGAAGGUGACAGUGUUGGGGGACAAUGAUCCCCUUGCUGAGUACCGGUACUUGCUGAACAUCAGCACAGGACAUCGCCGUGGAGCUUCGACCUCCUCUCAGGUAACGGUGACCUUACUGGGCACAGAGGGGGAGAGUGAGCCCCAUCACUUGACUGAUCUUGACAAGCCAGUGUUUGAAAGAGGAGGAAUAGACAUGUUUCUUCUGACGACACCUUUUUCUCUUGGAGAGCUACAGGGGAUCAGACUGUGGCAUGACAACUCAGGAGAUCAUCCCUCCUGGUAUGUUAAUAAAGCGAUGGUACAGGACCUGGAGACCGGACAGAAGUGGCACUUCCUGUGCAGCUCAUGGCUGUCCAUAGAUAUGGGAGAGUGUGUCCUUGACAAAGUUUUCCCUGUAGCAACAGAGGCAGACUUGAAAGCGUUUAGUAAUUUGUUCUUCAUGAAGACUGUAAAGGAUUUCCGUGAUGGCCAUAUCUGGUUCUCUGUGAUCAGCCGACCCCCAAAUAGCAACUUCACUCGUGUGCAGCGUGUAUCAUGCUGUUUCUCUCUACUGCUGUGUACCAUGCUGACCAGCAUCAUGUUCUGGGGCGUUCCUACAGAUCCCUCUGAACAGACUAUGGACCUAGGUCACAUUGAGUUCACUUGGCAACAGGUGAUGAUUGGCAUUCAGAGCUCCAUCAUCAUGUUUCCCAUCAACCUUCUUAUUGUAAGUAUCUUCAGAAAUGUCCGCCCAAGAGAGAACAAAUCUGAGAAACCUGUAAAACAACAGGGCAAGACUGAACCCACAAAGCAAGGAAAGACUGGGCGUGUGUCUCCAUCUCAACCACCUUCUCCACAGAGCGAUCACAGAGAGCUCACACCCGAUGCUGUUAUCAAAGACAUAAAGAGAAUAGCUCAGUCACUCUCUAAGGUUAUGAAAAGCCCCACCGUAAGGCUAGAGAUGGAGUCUGGAAAAACAGCUGACAUCAACACUAUGCUGUCAAUGGUAGAGAAAAUCAUUCAGCAACAGAACCGAGCCAACGGUGGGUUUUAUUCUGACAGCUCCAAAAAGGAGCCAUCUCUUGCCCUCUCCUUGGGCUCCGUAAAUCUGCAAGAAAGCAGCCUGUGUGACAGUCCAGAGAGAAUACCAAGUGACACUCAGAAAUGCAACCUCUACAGCCAGUACCUAUACAAACAGCUGCAGCAUGUGGAGAAAGAGAUGGAGCUUCUGGGACCAUCAUGCUUCUCCAACCCUGAGAGUUACAGUCAGGCUGUGCUGAAAGUUCAGGGCAUGAAGGGACUACUGGAGUCUCAGCUCUCUUCCAGCUCUGGGAGGGAACAGAUUGCUCGCAGUCCCAGCCCAGCAGAGGACUCUGCUGAGGUCGACGAAAAAAAGUGUUGUCAAAAGGGGUUACCCUGGUGGUUUGUAUUUGUGGGUUGGAUUCUCGUUGUUGCGACCAGUGGAGUUUCGGCAUACUUCACCAUGAUGUACGGGCUUACUUAUGGAAAAGAUCGCUCCAUCAGCUGGCUCAUAUCCAUGGUGGUGUCAUUCUUUGAGAGUCUUUUCAUUACACAGCCCCUAAAAGUGCUUGGUUUUGCAGUCUUCUUUGCCCUGGUGCUAAAAAAUCCUGACCAAGAAGAGUAUGGAGAUGUGCCCAUUACUAAUACAGAUGGUCCAGACACCGUACGGAUUGCUAGAAGGGACAGCACAUGUAGCUUUUAUCAGCCCCCUCCUCCAACUGACAUCGAGAGAAUGAGAAACAACAGGAUAAAGGAGAAGAAAGUUUUUGCCCUCAUUAGAGAGAUUCUCAUUUAUGUUGGAUUCCUGUGGAUGUUGCUGUUGGUGGCAUAUGGUCAGCGGGAUCCAAAUGCUUAUUAUCUUAAUCAGCACAUUAUGAAAAGCUUCAGGAAUGGGAUCUCGGAUAGUAUGAGCCCCAAGGAUGUGUUCACCUGGGCGAACACGACGCUUCUUAGCAACCUCUUUGGGCAAUAUCCAGGCUUCAUCACAGAUGGAAACUCAAAACUUGUUGGCAAUGCCCGUCUUCGCCAGGUGAGGGUGAGGAAAAGCUCCUGCAAAAUUGCCCGUUCCAUGCACCAAUCUGUUCAUGACUGCCACGCCCCAUAUUCCUGGGAUAUAGAGGACAUGGGCUCUUAUGGACCAGCAUGGAAUCACUCCCAAGUGGGGGAGUUAAAUAACUCUAAAGCAUUCUUCACUCCUUGGCGAUACCAAACCCAAGCCAGACUCAGGGCACAUCCCAUCUGGGGGGGUGUGGCUUUGUACCGGGGGGGAGGUUUUGUGGCAGACUUGGGUCCAGAUGUACAAAAUGCAAGCAGUUUACUCCAGUAUCUUUUCGACAACACCUGGGUGGACAUGUAUACUCGGGCAAUCUUUGCAGAGUUCACCGUAUACAAUGCAAACGUCAAUCUCUUUUGUAUUGUCACACUCAUGUUGGAGACCACAGCUGUGGGUGCCUUCCAGUACCGCAGUGAACUACAGACUGUCCGUCUCUAUCAAUCUACAAGUGGCUUUCAUGUAUUUGUCAUGGCAUCUGAAGUUAUCUAUUUCAUCUUCGUCCUUUAUUACAUGUUUGUUCAGGUGCAGCUGAUGAAGCAGCAGAAAUGGGCAUACUUUGGUAACAAGUGGAACCUUCUAGAGCUGUCAAUCAUCAUUUUAAGUUGGAGUGCAUUGUCUGUAUUUAUCAAGAGGACAUUGCUGGGGAACCAGGAUGUGGAAUACUACCAAAAUCACAAGGACCAUUUUGUCAGUUUUUACGACACUGCUACAGCAGAUGCAGCUCUGGGCUAUCUGAUAGCAUUCCUCGUGCUACUGGCAACUAUAAAACUUUGGCACCUGCUACGACUCAACCCUAAACUGCACAUGAUCACAGCCACACUUCAGCGCGCCUGGAAUGACAUCUCUGGCUUCCUCGUGGUCAUGACUAUCAUGUUCCUGGCCUACUCCAUUGCUUGCAAUCUAAUGUAUGGCUGGAAGUUAUACAGCUACAGAACUCUUCUACACGCGGCCCAAACCGUUGUCAGCUUGCAGCUUGGCAUUUUCAACUAUGAAGAGAUUUUAGAUUACAAUCCAGUUCUUGGUGCAUUCCUCAUUGGCUCCUGUAUAAUCUUCAUGACCUUUGUGGUGCUGAACCUCUUUAUCUCAGUCAUCCUGGUGGCAUUCAGUGAAGAACAACUGCACCAUAAGCCAUCUGAGGAGGAAGAGAUAGUGGACCUGAUGCUGAUGAAGCUCUGCAGUCUUUUUGGGAUCAAGUGUAAAAAGAAAGAGACAGAAGAGUGUAUAAAAGUGAACCAUCUGACUGGCCACACGACCACACCCUCUGUCAUAUCCUAAUUGCUAACAUCUCUCUCGCACCUUGGAUUUAGAACAUAUUUAUUUAUGAGAAAAUACAUGACAUUUCUUCAAACAAAAAUUCAUUAUAUAUUUGAAAUGUAUUAUAUCAGGCUUUAAGCAACACUUGUGAUGUGUAUCUUCAGCUUUAGUAAUUAACUUCUUUGUCUUACUGCAUGGACAUGCAGGUUCACUGAAAUUUCUUCACUGAUUUUGUGAGAGUGAGCUUUGUGAUCACCGUUGAAAAUGAUGAAUAAA